CAACAUUGGUGCACUAAACAUCACUGGUCGUUUGGAGGACUUUUUGUGGCUCUCAAGUCUCACCAACCUGCGCUCGCUUGGAAUGUCAGGAAUGAACAAUGUGGUUGGGGAUCUGUCAGCCCUCACCUUCCUCACAGCCCUCAGAGCCCUCCAAAGCCUCACCAUCUCGGAGGUAUCCUGGACCGGAGAGCUGCCGGUGCUGCUCGGCACCCUCACCUCCCUCACUUACCUGGACCUGGGGGGCCUGCAAACUUCUCAAUUCCCCCGAUGGGCCAUGGACUUGACUGCUUUGCAGUACCUGGAUGCAUUUCAUGCCAGCAAUCUCCGCACAGGGGUGGUGCCGCAAGACCUCUCCCGCCUGAACCAGCUGCAACACUUUGAUGCGACAGGCAAUGGGCUGGUAGGGACUCUCCCAGAGUACUGGACCUCAUUGGAGCACCUUACUUUCCU